AUGCUCCAGCCCGCUACUAAUACCUCUCCUGAUGCCUCGUCACAGUCCUUGGCAGAUUUGAGCCGUCGGGCGUCGGUCAUCUCGACGUCAAGCUCCGACGCUGGUCAAGUUUCACCGGUGCUCACCACACCACGUCCAAGGCCAAUUCGCACAUUCUCAGCACCGAGGUCUGCUAGCCCGCUACCAGCGACACCCAGGGCAUCCCGACCACCGUCAUAUCUUACACGCGACUUGGCCGUGUCUACUGAAACACCAGAACCAAGGAAGGGUUCUAGGUCAACGUCGAGAGCACCCUCAAAGUCGCGUGGUCCGACUAUAGAGGACUUUACUGUUGGGGAAACACUGGGCGAGGGCUCUUAUUCCACGUUCAAGGUGCUUCUCGCCACUUAUCUGCGCACCGGUCAGAAAUACGCCAUUAAGACCUUAGACAAAAGCUAUUUAAUCAGGAAGCAGAAGAUGGCGACUGCUUUGACAGAGAAGAACGCUCUCCUACGGUUGGGUUCCGGACACCCUGGCCUUGUUCGGAUGCAUUUCGCCUUUCAAGACGAAUGGAGUUUAUACUUUGUUAUUGAUUUGGCUACGAAUGGAGAGCUACAGACAUUGAUAUCACGUAUGGGGUCGCUGAGUACUCGAUGCAGCCGUUAUUAUGCGGCCCAGAUCAUCGAUGCUAUUCAUUUCAUGCAUGACAAGGGCGUCAUACACCGAGAUCUGAAGCCAGAGAACAUUCUCAUCGACGAAGCUUUCCGGAUCAAAAUCACCGAUUUCGGGACCGCCAAGAUCCAGGACAGUGGAUUGGAGGCAGAGAGAUUCGUUGGAACUGCCCAAUUCAUUGCUCCGGAGCUGGUGUCGUCAAAUGAAACGAGCAGAAGUUCUGACAUCUGGGCCUUUGGCUGCAUAGUCUACCAAAUGAUAGCUGGUCGAUUCGCAUUUUCUGGACUGUCCGAAUAUCUGACGAUGCAGAAAGUCAAGAAAAUGGAAUACUCGUUCCCUGAGGGGUUCGAUGAGCAAGGGAAGGAUCUUGUUCAGAAGCUGUUGGUCCGCGACCCUCAGCAGAGAUUAGGCGCUGGGACGGAAGGGACAGAUAACGAUAUGAAGGCACUCUACUCCCAUCCCUUCUUCGCUUCCAUCAACUGGAAAACCUUAUGGACAGAUCCCGCACCUCCCCUAGAAUCUGGUCUCAUCAAGAAGGAACACCCGCUUUCUCAAGAUGAAGGCAAGAACUGGGAAGAUGUCGGUGUUGCUUGGGACGAAAUUGCUAACGGUAGUAAAGAAGAUGAUACAUCAUGGGCCGCUGAGGGCGACGUCUCGCCUAUUGUCCGUCAUAGUGCCUUCGACGCUGAACCUCAGCAAAUGUACAGCUCGGCCUUCUCAACUCCGACACGCCUGAGUCCAAGCUGCCCAGCCCUCCGGAUACACCUACGACUGUUAAGACACCGCCAAUCAAUGUACCGUCACGACCCCAGGAUAAUCAUCCAUCCGGGCGCUUCGCCGGAAAGUUCGUCCGACGGCAGUCCAGUUGGUACACUUGUUGGAGCGUUCAGGUCUAUGCGACCUCUGUCGUUGGGCCCUGACUCCUUGACAGAGCAGCGGGACGCACUGUUAGAAGUGGAACGAGGGCGAAAACAAGCUAUGACUCCUGUUCAGGGCAAUGGUCCGCUUGUAGACUUGUUCGUGCCAUCCUUCGCUUUGUUAUCUCCGUUCAUUGAUUCCUUGGUCCUUCAGCGGAUCGCUCUUGAACCUUCCCCCAACCGAACCGGUGAUAUUUACUUCAACGGUUCAAGCGACAUCAGCUAG